GAGCCCCUCGGGCUCAUGUCCUAAUGGGCCAGGCUCCCUGCUACCUCCCUGCCUGCACCCUGCCCAGACCUGUUCUAGAUUCUGACGCCACCUUCCCAAGGUCACCACACCUCCAGCCCGCCCACUGGGGCCGGGCCUCCGUGUCUCAGUGGAAAGGCUGGUGGGCAGGAGGGCAGGAGGGCUGGAGCUGGCAGGGAGGCCAUGGAACCCGCCGCACAGCCGGUGUUCUACCAGAAGCUACAGCUCUGGGAGCCCAGCUUGGAGGAGGAAGAGGAAGAAGAGACAGCAGAGCCACUGGUUCCCAACCCCUGGAGGCCCCAGGACGCCGCUGGGAACAAGUUCCGUGGGCUUCCAGGAGCCUGGGCCCGAAUAGCGGCCGCCCUCUUGCUGCUGGCCGUUGCCUGCUCCCUGGCUGUCAGGCACCUCGGAACUAGGGGCGGCUCGGCAGCAGCCUCGGACUCUGCGGCCCCUCCCCCUGGGGGCCACUCCCAUCGCCCUGGCGUCUACCACCACGGUGCCAUCAUCAGCCCUGCAGCUGAAUGCUCCCAGCUGGGCCGAGAGCUGUUCACUGCAGGGGGAAACGUCGUGGACGCCGGAGUGGGCGCCGCUCUGUGCCUGGCAGUGGUGCACCCUCAUGCCACAGGGCUAGGUGCCACGUUCUGGGGCCUCUUCCUCAACAGCUCCUCAGGCAAUUCGACUGCCCUGACGUCAGGCCCAGCCCAGACGCUGGCCCCGGGCCUGGGGCUGCCCGCGACUCUGCCUACCCUGCACCUGCUGCAUGCACGCUUUGGCCAUCUGUCCUGGCCACAUCUGCUGCUGGGGCCCACCAAGCUGGCUCAAGAGGGCUUCACGGUGGAUGCAACUCUGGCAAGGGCUCUGGCGGCCCAGGGCACAAAGGGCCUCUGUCCACUGCUCUGCCAUGCUGAUGGGACCCCCCUGGGCCUUGGGGCCAGAGCCACCAACCCACAGCUGGCAGCUGUGCUACGCAGGGCAGCGCUUGCCCCCACCCCAGCCCUUGCCAGGGAUGCCCUCCUGAGCCUGCUGGCCGGAGACCUGGGGCUGGAGGUGCCCUCAGUGUGGCCCAUACCCACCUUGGAGCCGGCACUGCAGCUACCCGUGCCCCAGGGCCUCCUGCUCACCACGCCCAGCCCCUCAGCUGGCCCAGAACUGCUGACCCAGCUGGAAGCAGUCCUACACUCAGGGGGACCCAGUCCCAACCCCUGCCCACCGCUCCUGCAAACUGCCAGGACCCCUGGGAGCAGCGUCCUGGCCUCCGUGGACAGCAGUGGCUCUGUGCUUCUUCUCGCCUCCUCCCUCAAUGGCUCUUUCGGCUCGGGACACCUGUCCCCGAGCACGGGGAUCCUGCUCAGCAACCUGGUGGCCAGAUCUGCACCUAGCACCUGGGCCUGCCCCCUCAUCCUCCGUAGCAGCUCGGACGACAUGGAGGCCGAUGUAUUAGGGCUGGUGGCUUCAGGGACCCCGCACAUGGCCAAAGCCAUGACUCACGCCUUGCUCAGCCAUCUUGCAGGGUCCCAAACCCAGCACCAGCAUGGACCAACAGCGAACCCCAGGACCUGUGGCCAAGGGACCCUGCUCCAGGUGGCCGCCCAUGCAGAACACGCCCACGUGUCCAGUGUCCCCAGUGGCUGCUGCCCCUUCCAGGGGUUCUAAGGGGGGCUGGUAGGGAGCAGAGUUGUCUCAGGCCUGGGGGCAGAAGCCAGCAAGUCAAGUGCCUUAAGACUGUGUAUCAAUCAUGUUCUCACUGCUGGCUCAGUCCACAACCUCUGGCCCAGUCAGUGACCUGGAUGAGAAUUCUGGCAUCCGGGGCCAGCUCAGUCAUUCUUCAAAACAUUCUUUUUUUUUUUUUUUUUUUAACUUUUUUGACAGGCAGAGUGGACAGUGAGAGAGACAGAGAAAGGUCUUCCUUUGCUGUUGGUUCACCCUCCAAUGGCUGCCGCGGCCAGCGCACCGCGCUGAUCCCAUGGCAGGAGCCAGGUGCUUAUCCUGGUCUCCCAUGGGGUGCAGGGCCCAAGCACUUGGGCCAUCCUCCACUGCACUCCCUGGCCACAGCAGAGAGCUGGCCUGGAAGAGGGGCAACCGGGACAGAAUCCGGUGCCCCGACCGGGACUAGAACCCGGUGUGCCGGUGCCACAAGGCGGAGGAUUAGCCUAGUAAGCUGCGGCGCCGGCUCAAAACAUUCUCAGUGGAUGCAAUUUCUGGCUCUUUUAUCAGCUAAGGAACCUGAGGAUUAGGAGGAAAGAGCAAACAGCCAAGGGCUAAUCCACCCAGCUCUGGGACAAAGGGAGGAACACCAAGCCCCUGCCUGGGCUCUGAGCCCCAGUGGCGCAGGGCAGGCAGGCUGCGUGUCCUGCUGGCAUCCCCCAUCCUCCCCUUCAAGCCGCCCUGGGCGGCUCUCCCUCAGCUGGACUGGACACAAAAUAAAGGUCAAGUCUCCGGGA